UCUGCUGAUGAUAAAAGUUCGUUUGGUGUUGACCAAGACCAUCAGGACAGGCAGAUUGUCUGGAGGGGAUGGGGAGAUGAGGGCGGUGCACGAACCGGCUCGAUCAAUCUCGCCCAUCUCGGACCAAGUCGUGCUCGUCCCGGCCUGUCCCGACGCCCUGCGCUGAAUGCCGACGGAGCGACCCAUCUUUCCAAUCAGACGAGCUGCACGUCGAUCGAAGAAACGUCAGUGGUCCGCUGUGCUGCAUUACCGCUGAUUCCAGCUACUCUGGUCUGCCAUCGUGCUCUGGCGGGCUGCAUUUCGAACCCGUAUCCAAGCUUCCCGAUCUGCAGACAGACCCCAUCGAUGAAUCCUUCGCCCGAAGAGGACAAAAGGCGGCGAGCCCCGUCCGCGGGGCUCUUGCAGAAGAUCAAAGGCAGCAUCAGGAGCUUCAGCAAGACCAAGAGCAGUCAAAUCGAACCCAGGAAGGACGACCGUGACCUCUCCAAGAGCUCGAAUCUGGCCGUGAGCCUGGGAAGCCUCGAUGCCCAUGUUCGCUCUGCUUCCGAAUCAGUGCUGCCGCGGGGAGGCUCGUCCAACGCCAGCAUAUCUCCCGGGGGCUCGCACAAGGUCGUCAACAUCAGCCCCGCCUCGGCAGGAUCCAAGGACGCCAUCUCUAAGAAGGAUGCCCGCUCUAUCUCUGUCGGCUGCUCCGUCGACACUGUCCACAGUGAACUCGCCGGCGGCCUAUCAGCAAAGACCGAUCCUCCCAAACAGCACUCCCACGCCGAGCACAUCGCGGUAGCUUUAGCGACUGCCCAGCCCCUCGGGGCAAUCGCCAGCAAUCCUGCGGAUGAGCCAUUCAAGCAUCUUUCACAGUCACCAGAGAUCAGUUUCGCUGCACAAGAGGGCGCCAGACUCUCACUUCCCGAUACUCCGUCGCAAAGUAGUAAGUUUCGGCAGCGCUCGGCGACCAUAUCUUCAACUCACUCUCGAUCAUCAACCAGUACUGGUGGCGACGUCCGUCAGUCCACAACCGCGGCCCGUAGCAUCACCGAGAAGAGCGCCAAGCUUUCGCAUUCGCCGUCGAAUGCCUCGUCGAUCAAAACGGGAACCAGGCCCAGAUCCCCGUUCCAGACAGCCGACGCUGCUUCGGCGGCUGCUCCCAUGGGUUCGGGGCAGCCUGCUGCCCCCACCGCUUCUUCCGAGCUUCGUCCCAAAUCGCCCUUUGCCCUCAACAUUCUGACGGAUAAGCGAGCUUCCUCAAGUUCCCGUAACAAUGACACGAGACCGACUUCGCCGUUUGCUCAUGGAUCGCCAAACGCUGGUACUUUGCACACCAUCCAAAUCAUGCCCAACCCCCUCCCAGUCUUGAGCAAAGAGAGACCGGCGAGAAAUGACCCUGAUAGCUUGAAUACUGAGCGGCGCUCAACGUCGUCACAGCAAAAUGGAUCCCUCGCUGUUACAAGGCAUAAAGAUCAAAUUACUCUGCAAAUCGGAAGCACAAGUGCACAUGAUGAGUCCGAGGAUGACCUGGCGCCGAUGGCGACCGGUGGAAUCGGCAGCUUGUCCUCCAGCAAGAGGUUCAAGUCACAGCCGGUUGGAAUUAACGCCGCCCUUAUGGGAUCAAGCGAGUCCAUCAUUCCAAAAUCCGGCAAAUCCUCCAAAAGUAUGGGUGCCCUGAAUGAAAUCGAUGGCGGAUCAAAGUUGAUACCUUGUUUCACAAGCAGCGAGAGGGAGCUCUUCAGGAUGUCACAGGAUUGGAGAGACAGAGAGUUCCCCGACUCAAAGUACAGCAUGUGGCGGAUAGCCAUGAUCUACACCCUCUCAGAUCAGCAAAACUUCCCUCUUAUUAUGCCCCCAGAGUUGGUCUAUCUGCUCUCCGAGGAUAUUCUGCCAUACGGAACCUGAACCGCACCGGCCAUUUCAACACAAGCUGCACCUUCUCACAUGUCAGAUCCAUGUCGAUCUACUUCUCCACCAGUCCCCUGUGGUGCUUUGUAGAAAUAUAUGUGUUUUUCACCAGC